AUGGAAGAUGCUAAAUCCAAUCCAAUUUAUAAAUUUAUUGUUCAACUUGUAAGCAAUUCCGUUCCAUCACUUUUCCAUAUAUGUCCUUAUUGGGCUUUUCGUAGUCGGAAAUUAAGGAAAAAAGACAGUGAGAUUAUCUUUUGGAAUACAAAAUUGAUCAGCUUGAGUAUGACGAGAGUGAAUUGGUUCAGUUUCAUUCUGUUCAGUGUUUUAUUCACGAGCCAACAAAUUGUAGCUGCAAUCGACUUGGCCCGUUUAUACGGACAUGAAGGACAUAAGGUCCAGAAACGAAGCGACGCAUGUCAUCCCUAUGAGCCAUUCAAAUGUCCUUCUGAUGGUAAUUGCAUUUCCAUUCAGUAUCUCUGCGAUGGAGCUCCUGACUGUUCUGACGGUUAUGAUGAAGACAUGAGACUAUGUACAGCAGCUAAACGACCGCCGGUUGAAGAGACAGCAUCAUUUCUUCAGAGCCUUUUGGCAAGUCAUGGACCAAACUACUUAGAGAAACUUUUCGGCAGCAAAGCAAGAGAUGCUUUGGCACCGCUUGGAGGAGUAGAAAAAGUGGCAAUUGCACUGAGUGAAAGUCAAACAAUUGAAGAUUUCGGUGCAGCUUUACAUCUAAUGCGUUCUGAUUUGGAGCAUUUGCGCUCUGUCUUCAUGGCUGGUGAAAAUGGGGACUUAGGAAUGUUAAAAUCUCUUGGCAUCAAAGACUCAGAGCUAGGUGACGUAAAGUUUUUCCUCGAAAAACUGGUGAACACGGGUUUUCUCGAUUGAGUUGCACCUGUGCCAUCUUCUUCUUUUUAUUACUCUGUUCCAAUCGGCCCACAAUUCUACUCUUAUUUAGGUCAUGACUUCGAUGGAUACAAUUACUAAGGAGUUAAACACGUUUCAUUUAGUUCAGCUGUUUAUCUGUUUUUAUCAUUUUCAUGCUUCAAAUUUCUGAUUUAUGUAUGUGUUUUUUCACAUCACUAAAUAAUUCAUGAGUUUUGAAUUACAAAUGUAUUUGAAAUUUAACUCCACAUUUGCAAGUGAGAGAAUGUAAACAGCUACUACUAUUGAAAGUGAUAGGACAAAGUUUCUUUCAACACGUUUGAUGGAAAUUCAAUUAAAAAAACGUAGAAAAUUCAUAUUUUUUAUAAAACUGACACAAACGAGACAGGAAGAAGUUUUGAAUUUCCAUCAAUUUUUCGUCGUUUAACUGAAUGAAACUUUUUCCAUCGUCGCUUUUCGACAGCAAUAAUGUUCAUCAGCCAUAAAUAAUUGGUUCAAAUGAAAGCUUUUGCAUUUGAAACCGAAUUUUAGAAUUAUUUUAGUGAUAAAUUUAACAUUGCUUAUUAAUUUUUCACAUAAAUACAUUACUCAGUAACUUCGUGCAGACAAAGCUUCGUUAAUAUGUUCUUCAAUCAACAUAAAAUUAAUUUCCCUUGACAGUCAAAUCGAUUUUCAUUUGAUUUACACUUACUUACAUUUUCUCACCCACAUCAACAUAUGAAAUGAGUUUUCGGUUUGAAAAAUGCUUACAAAAGCCCAACCACAAAGUUUACACAAUAAAUUAUGCGCAACAAGCGAGGCAACAAGUAAAAUAAUUGAACUUUAUUCUCGUAUUUUAUUUGUGACAAUUUCUCCAUCAACUCUCGCACUCUUUCUCGCUCAAUUCUACAUCAAUGAAACAUAUCAAAGUGUUAAAAGAAAAAUUUAAACAUAUCAAAUGAUAAACCUUAUAGUGUAGCAACGAAUAAAAAGAAACAAUGAAGCGAGUGGAAGAAUUUUUAUUUGGAAAAUUAAAGCUGGAAAAUUUUUCUGAAAAUGAAAUCGAUUCCGCUCGACUUCGUUAAUUUAUAAGAAGAAAGUUAUUUAAUUAAGAAAACUAUGUUUUUUUCGAUUUGUCAUUUAUAAAAUCGAAAGUUAAAAUUAAAAUUAUAAAAACAUUUUUCUUUUCAAUGGAGAAAAAGAAAAAAAAGAAAGAACUUUUACAAUUUUUAAAAUUGAAAUUUAAAUAAAAAUGAUCAAGAGAAGAGUCAAAAAAUUAUGAAUAUAAAAUCAUGAAUGAAGAGUAAAUGUACCUUAACAUUAGAUGUUAGCAUUGAAUGAGAAGAUAAAAUACGAGUCUCUAAGAAACCUACCAUGUAUGAAUCACAUUUAACUUUAUACUCUUAACAAACCGAAACCAUAAGCAAGCAUUCAAUUCUAUCAAAAAAGGAAUGCAAAAUAAAUCAAUUCACUUGAUGAAGUUUCAACACUCUCCUCAUUCUAUGACUCGUUAUGAUGUAGUUAGAAGUCGUCGUAUAACAUUUUAUAUGAAAUAAAAAGCUGAAGAGCAAAGAAGAGGUGAAAAAAGAGAAUUGAAACGUGAUAGCAAAGGAAAAAUUAUAAAACAUAAAGUUGUACAUUAUUUUCUCAUUUUUUUCUUGCACUUUAUUACCACACCCUAAACAAAUGAAAGGAGAAGCUUAUCAUAUAAGAAAUGUAAAGGAUGUUAUGGUUGUGGAAAUGAAUGACGAACAUGAAGAGAACUUAGAAAGAAGAAAUUGGAAGAGAAACAUUAUUGCGAUUUAAAAACAACAUACUUUGGAUCGUAUAAGAUAGUUAAAUAACAUGACAUCACCAGAAGCUUCAAAAUUAUGUUCUAAAUUUUUUGUUUUUAUUUUUACCACUUGAAAUUUUUGAGCUAUUCGCUAAAAAUUUACCAAUUUAUCAAAAAAUAUAUUUUAAAUGUUGGUUUGAAGGGCAAAGUGACUGGUUUUAGUCUUCUUUAUAUUUUUCUUGAAUUCGUUAAAAUAAAAAUUCAAUCAGAAUAUUGCUUUUGUCAUGUGAAAUAAUUUUGUUUUUAUAAGUUUUGAUGAAAUCUUUUCGAUAUCAUGUUUGAAAGCUUUAUAAUUUUUAAUAUCCGAUAUAAAAUUUUUUCAAGAUUCUUUUUUUCACGUUUCUUAUGACUUAAAUAUUUCACGAGAUAUUUUCAACCUUUGACUUUAUAUUAUUUAGGAAGAAACACUUUGACGUGAACAAGAAAGAAAUGUUUCCUACAGAAAAUACAGAAUCUCGUCUCAUGUGAGCAAAUUACAUGUGUGGAUGAAAUGAUGAGUUCUUCUUAAUCUUCUGCUUUCACCUCCUUAACAUGUGAAACAUCCAUAUCCGAGUAUAUAAAAUGAACAAGAGACGAAGGUGGUAAAUGAAAAAUCAAAGAUAUUGCGAUAUGAUGAAAAACGAAAGAAAAAAAUAAAUAUUUUAAAUGUGUAAUAAAUUCUAUUUUUACAAGCUUUCUAAGUGUAAAAUCUAUUGAAGAGAAAAGAGCAUUUGAUUCUAAGAUAAAAACCAUGAUCAAGCGAGGGAAAGACAGAAUAUUCAUAGUUUUUCCCUGAGAAUGGAAAAAUGUUAUUAAAUUUUAUGAAAAAAUUAAUUAUUAAUUUCUUAUUUCACUCACCUUUCUUUGUUGGCAAAAUAUAAAAUUAAGUUAGUCUUCAUAAAUUCAUUUUGAACCGUCCCAAUGAGACGAUAAAGCUCUACAAAAGAGUAUUAGAUACUUUGUAUCGCUUAUGGGAGUGGAAGGCACUCCGUGCAUUUCUUAUCGUUCACUUUCUCGCAUUUCAUCGAAUAUUAAUCAAAAAAAACCUGACCUGACCUUUUUAUGUAUCUGAUAAAGAUCCCCCAUUAACAUCACAAGGAAAAUGUUUUUCAUGAAAUAUUAUUGAACAAGGCGAGAAAGUUUAACGAAAUUUUGUAUCAAUCGUAAAAGCUCUCAAAGUGAACGUAAAUUGGAAAUUUAAAAAGUGAAACCAAAAUCAUGUAAAGUUAAAUUAAAAUUUUUGAAAUAUUAAAGUUUCGCAUUUCAUACCCUCGUAAAAUGUUGAAAACAUCUUUGACGUGCUAUCAUGAAUAUUAAUGAAAACAUAAACUUAUGUUAUAUAUUGAAAUAUCAUCGAAAUGUAUCUUUUUUGUUUUAUUUAACCUAACCAUCCUGGUUCCGUUUGAAAAGAUCAUUUCUAUUUCAUAAAAAUAAAUAAAAUCCAAGGAGACAAAUA